CGCCGCGGAGGCCUGCUCGCUGCACUCGCGAACGGGCGGCGAGCGGAAGGAGCGCACGAUCUCGGUCGCCAGCCUCCCGCCGGACGCGCGGGCGCGGCGCGGCGCGGGUGGGAAGGUGGUUGUUCUGCCGGCACCCUAACCCGGCUCUGCCCCGGGACCACUCCCAGGAAAACUCCGCGGUGGGGAGGCGCCCGCGACCCCACCCCGGCCUGCGCGGGCGGCGCGCGGAGGGAGGGGCGGACUGGUCUUCCUCAGCCCAGCCCGGGCCGGAGCCGAGCGGUGCGCGGCGGCGCAGGCGGCGGCCGGCGGCCGGGGGGCUGCCCCGAUGGGGCAUGGCAAUGAGUGAGCAGACCGAGCGCCAGUGGACAAGGAUGGGCAGCCGCACCCAGGAGGGCAGGAAAUUGUGCCCACCCAUCCCCGCAUAGAAUGACUGCCCAGGGAGAGCGGUUCCCCGGGCCCUGGCAGGGCUGCUGACCCUCAGCCUGCAAACCGCUAAGAGCACAAGGACUCCAGACUCUUCUUGUGGAUGGUCCCCUGCCCUGCAGCUCCACCAUGAGGCUGCUUGUGGCCCCCCUCUUGCUAGCUUGGGUGGCUGGUGCCAUUGCCACUGUGCCCGUGGUACCUUGGCAUGUGCCCUGCCCCCCUCGGUGUGCCUGCCAGAUCCGGCCCUGGUAUACACCCCUAUCGUCCUACCGCGAGGCCACCACCGUGGACUGCAAUGACCUAUUCCUGACAGCUGUGCCCCCGGCGCUGCCCGCAGGCACGCAGACCCUGCUGCUACAGAGCAACGGCAUCGUCCGUGUGGACCAGAGUGAGCUCGGCUACCUGGCCAAUCUCACAGAGCUGGACCUGUCCCAGAACAGCUUUUCAGACACCCGAGACUGUGAUUUCCGUGCCCUGCCCCAGCUGCUGAGCCUGCACCUGGAGGAGAACCAGCUGACCCGGCUGGAGGACCACAGCUUUGCAGGGCUGGCCAGCCUUCAGGAACUCUAUCUCAACCACAACCAGCUCUAUCGCAUCGCCCCAAGGGCCUUCGCCGGCCUCAGCAACCUGCUGCGGCUACACCUCAACUCCAACCUGCUGAGGGCCGUGGACAGCCGCUGGUUCGAGAUGCUGCCCAGCCUGGAGAUCCUCAUGAUCGGCGGCAACAAAGUGGACGCCAUCUUGGACAUGAACUUCCGGCCCCUGGCCAACCUGCGCAGCCUGGUGCUCGCGGGCAUGAACCUGCGGGAGAUCUCUGACUACGCCCUGGAGGGGCUUCAAAGCCUGGAGAGCCUCUCCUUCUAUGACAACCUGCUGGCCCGGGUACCCCGGCGGGCGCUGGAGCAGGUGCCUGGGCUCAAGUUCCUAGACCUGAACAAGAACCCGCUCCAGCGGGUGGGGCCCGGGGACUUUGCCAACAUGUUGCACCUCAAGGAGCUGGGGCUGAACAACAUGGAGGAACUGGUUUCCAUUGACAAGUUUGCCCUGGUCAACCUCCCUGAGCUGACCAAGCUGGACAUCACCAACAACCCCCGGCUGUCCUUCAUCCACCCCCGCGCCUUCCAUCACCUGCCCCAGAUGGAGACCCUCAUGCUCAACAACAAUGCUCUCAGUGCCUUGCACCAGCAGACAGUGGAGUCCCUGCCCAACCUGCAGGAGGUGGGUCUCCAUGGCAACCCCAUCCGCUGUGACUGUGUCAUCCGCUGGGCCAAUGCCACGGGCACCCACGUCCGCUUCAUCGAGCCUCAGUCCACCCUGUGUGCCGAGCCACCAGACCUCCAGCGCCGCCCAGUGCGGGAGGUGCCCUUCCGGGAGAUGACGGACCACUGCCUGCCCCUCAUCUCCCCCCGCAGCUUCCCCGCCAGCCUCCAGGUGGCCAGUGGAGAGAGCCUGGUGCUGCACUGCCGGGCGCUGGCUGAACCAGAACCCGAGAUCUACUGGGUCACUCCAGCUGGGGUUCGACUGACGGCUGCCCGGGCAGGCAGGAAGUACCGGGUGUACCCUGAGGGGACCCUGGAGCUGCGGAGGGUGACAGCGGAAGAGGCAGGGCUGUACACCUGUGUGGCCCAGAACCUGGUAGGGGCUGACACUAAGACGGUUAGUGUGGUUGUUGGCCGGGCUCCCCUGCAGCCAGGCAGAGGCAAGGGAUGGGGUCUGGAACUCCAGGUGCAGGAGACUCACCCCUAUCACAUCCUGCUGUCCUGGGUCUCCCCACCCAACACAGUCUCCACCAACCUCACCUGGUCCAGUGCCUCCACCCUCCAGGGCCACAGGGUCACUGCUCUGGCCCGCCUGCCACGGGGUACCCACAGCUACAACAUCACCCGCCUCCUUCAGGCCACGGAGUACUGGGCCUGCCUGCAAGUGGCCUUUGCUGAUGCCCACACCCAGUUGGCAUGUGUAUGGGCCAGGACUAAAGAGGCCACUCCUUGUCACAGAGCCUUAGGGGACCAACCUGGGCUCAUAGCCAUCCUGGCUCUCACCAUCCUCCUGCUGGCAGCCGGGCUGGCAGCCCACCUUGGCAGUGGCCAGCCCAGGCAGGGAGUGGGUGGGCGGCCUCUCCUUCCAGCCUGGGCUUUCUGGGGCUGGAGCACCCCCUCAGCCCGGGUGGUAUCUGCACCCCUUGUCCUGCACUGGAAUCCGGGGAGGAAGCUGCCCAGGUCCUCAGAAGGGGAGACGCUGUCACCACCAUUGUCGCAAAAUUCCUGAAGCUCAGCCUGUUCUCAGCAGUAGAGAAAUAACUAGGACUACUUUUUACCAAAAGGGAAGCAAUCUGGGCCAGGUACCCUGCCCGGAAAGUAACAUGGACCCACAUGCUUGAGGCCUGGCAGCUGGACCAAGACAGCCAGCUUUGUGGCCCUAGGGGGGGUGCUCCUGCAGCCUCCAGAAACUGCCCUUACCUUCUGGGGGCUCCUCCGCUGCCAUUCUGAGGAGCAUCUCCAAGGAACAGGAAGGACUGUGGCUAAAGCUGCCCACCUCCCCAGUUGUCUGUGUGCCCAGAGGCUCCUGGGCCUGGAUGUCCCCUGCCUGUGUCCUCAGGCCCUUGGCCCACAGGAUGCAGCCCCUCCUCUUCUCUGUCUCUGUACAGUCUCAGUUGCUUGCUCUUUCCCCUUCUGGGCAAGAGCUGAAGGAGGCCUCUCCUCCCCACCUCGGGGGACUGCUCCCAAAGUGGGGCCCCAGUUGGAUGAGAAGGACAUAUGGGAGAGGGAUGCCCAGGAAAGCCUCUUCCCGGCACCCUUCCGGUCUGCACUCUGAGGUUGACUUUCUAUAGGCAAUUUUGUACCUUUGUGGAGAAAUGUGUCACCUCCCCCCAACCCAAUUCACUCUUUUCUCCUGUUUUGUAAAAAAUAAAAAUAAAUAAGAAUAACAAUAAUAAGGGGAGGGGAAGG